AAAAUUAUUCCUAGAAGACGAGAAGCAUAUGUCAGUUAUGAUGGACGUGAAAUAAAAGUUAAUGAUUUCAAGAUUUUAUGCGAAAAAAAAAUGUGUUGGUUGCCGUCAAGAGAUGGACAAGUACCAGCAGGAGCAAUCCCUGCUGGAAAAACAGCUUCUGGAGAAACUUUGUAUAUUGGUCGAGUAAAUAUGGGGGGUGUUACGAAAGUUGGAAAGGUACAUUCAUCUCACAAGUGCCUUUAUGUUCCUUACAAUGGUAAGGAAAUAAUGUUUAAAAGUUAUGAAGUUUUGGUCUUGCAUUGAAAUGUGAUAUUUGAAAUUGAUGAAUUGGUCUUGCUUUUAAAACUUUAUUUUUUUUUUUAAUCAGAUU